UCUGCCGAUCCCUCCACUGGCCUCCAUUCAGUGUCCUCCACCCCUCUCUGCCAAUCCCUCCACUGGCCUCCAUUCAGUGUCCUCCACCCCUCUCUGCCAAUCCCUCCACUGGCCUCCACUCAGUGUCCUCCACCCCUCUCUGCCAAUCCCUCCACUGGCCUCCACUCAGUGUCCUCCACCCCUCUCUGCCAAUCCCUCCACUGGCCUCCACUCAGUGUCCUCCACCCCUCUCUGCCAAUCCCUCCACUGGCCUCCAUUCAUGCCCCCCACCCCUCUCUGACAAUCCCUCCACUGGCCUCCAUUCAGUGUCCUCCCCCCCUCUCUGCCAAUCCCUCCACUGGCCUCCAUUCAGUGUCCCCCCACCCCUCUCCACCAAUCCCUCCACUGGCCUCCAUUCAGUGUCCUCCACCCCUCUCUGACAAUCCCUCCACUGGCUUCUUAUCACCCAGUAAAUAAAGUUCAAACUCUUAAAUACAACAUACAAAGUCAUCCACAGAUCCCCAACAUCAUCUCAUAAUAUCACCCCAAACUGUCCUCUCUACUCCCCCCAGUUCUCCUGCCCUCUAGCCUCCAUCACCUCCUAUGUUAGCUUCCAGGACUUCUCCAGAGCCUCUCCUAUCCUGUGGAACUCUCUACCCCAAUCUGUCCAGCUAUCUCUUACCAUGUCUGCCUUUUUGUGAUCGAAAACCCAUCUCUUCAGGUAAAUCUAUCCCACCUCCACCUAACAACUGAACUUUUCUGCUCAAUGUUCUCC